AUGGUGAAUGAGGGAGAGAGGGGAGAAGAGAGGGGGCAUGAAGAGAGGAGAGAUGAAUAGGAAGGAGAGAGGAGAGACAAAUUAGAAGGAAACAUUUUGAGACAGAGAGAGAAAGAGAGAGAAAGAGGAGGGGAGAUUGUGAGGAAGGGAGAGGAGGAGAGAAAGAGAGAGGAGGGGAGAGAGGGGAAGGGAGAGAGAGGAGGGGAAAGAGAGAAUCAUACACACAGAUACAAGACUCAAGGAAUGCAGUAACUGUCUUCUAUCUCCCUCUCUCUCUUCUCUCUCUCUCUUUCUCACUCAGCCUCUUUCUUGUCAGGAUUACAAUUUACACAUUCUGUUUUUUGUUUUUGUUGUUUUUUUAAAUAUUUUUGGGAAUCCUCCCCCUUGAAGACUCUCCAGCAACCCCCCCCCCCCCCCUCCCCAUAUCGAUUGGGACAUACCUCAACACUGCACUCAUUUAUCUGGGAAAUCUCACACUCACUCCAUCACAGCUAAGCUGAAUGACUGUUCGUAGAGGUAACAAGCUCUCUGUGUCUAUUCAGGAGCACAUGGCUAUCGAUGUGUGUCCCGGGCCGAUCAGACCUAUCCGUCAGAUCUCAGAUUACUUCCCUCGGUUCUCCCCCACGGGGGCCGAGGGGCCUGUCAGCCCUGCGGGGCAGGGCCAGGGGCAGGGGCAGGUGCCAGGGCAGGGGGCGACAGGGCAACCUAGCCUGCAGUCCAUCACAGACACCUCAACUGAAUGGGAUAGCUGUGACAGCGAUGACUCAACUGCUUUAGGAAUGCUGGAGUUCACCCUCCUAUAUGAGAAACACACAAGCUCCCUGCACUGCACAGUGAUCAGAGCCAAGGGUUUGAAGCCGAUGGAUUUCAAUGGACUGGCUGAUCCGUAUGUCAAACUGCAUCUACUGCCGGGAGCCUGCAAGGCAAACAAGUUGAAGACUCGGACAGUGAGGAACAGUCUGAAUCCCAUCUGGAACGAAACCCUGACUUACUGUGGAAUCACAGAGGAGGACAUGGGGAGGAAAACAUUGCGGGUCUCUGUUUGUGACGAGGACAAGCUGACCCACAACGAGUUCAUUGGUGAAUCACGCAUUGCCUUGCGGAGGCUGAAGGCCAAUCAAAUCAAGAGAUUCAGCAUCUGCCUGGAACAUCUGCCUCCUUUGCCCUCUCCCACUGCCAUGUCCACGGCUCUCAGGGGAAUUUCCUGUUACCUGAAUGAGGUGGAGCGGGAGGAGCAGCGCCCCCUGGAGGAGCGGGGCAGGCUGCUGCUCUCUCUGCAGUUCCUCUCGGGAAGAGGGGGUCUUCUCGUGGGGAUCCUGCGCUGUGCUCACCUGGCAGCCAUGGACGUCAACGGCUUCUCCGACCCCUACGUGAAAACGUACCUGAAACCUGACGUCCACAAGAAAUCCAAACAUAAAACCAUUGUGAAGAAGAAAACUCUCAACCCUGAAUUCAACGAGGAGUUUUUCUACGAGACGAGUCACAGCGAGCUCUCCACUAAGACGCUGGAGGUAACAGUGUGGGAUUACGAUCUGGGAAAAUCCAACGACUUCAUAGGUGGCACCACACUGGGAAUGAACUCCAAAGGGGAUUGUCUGAAGCACUGGUACGAAUGCCUCAAGAACAAGGAUAGGAGGGUGGAGCAAUGGCACACGUUGACCAAUGAGCUGCCUGGUUCUACCUACAAUGACUAGCUCCUCCCCCCUCAUCCUACUCACUUACUGCUCAGUGGCUGGCUGACAAGGGGAGAGGCUUGGGGGGAGGGGCUAAGGGGGAGCCCAGCAGAUAUUAAUGAGGGCUUUAGACUUUAUUUCUCCCUCUCCCUCUCCCUCUCCCCUCUCUCUCCUCUAUCCCCUUCCCCCCUCACCCCCUCUCUCCGCUCCUUCUCUCUCUCCUCUCCCCUCUCUCUCUCUCUCUGCAUGUAUUGUUGUAGUGGUGUUCUCUGCGCAUUGCUGUCUGAAACAUGUUUGUGUCUGUACUUUGUUAUGUGAAAAAAAACCGAAACAGUUUUUUUUAUUGGCAAAAAAUAAAAGCGCUGAUGAGUUCUUGCUUGAGAAAUUAAGAGAUCUUAAAAAAAGCUAAUUCAGAUUAUUAUUAACAACACCGCAACCACCACAUAUUAAUAAUAAUAAUAAUAAUAAUAAUAAUAAUAAUACAUUGUGAAUUCUUCCAAAUAAGACUGAGCUUCUACAUGCCUAAAAAGUAAAUGCACCUAACAAAAUAAAGUAUAUAGGCAAGACAGGUGAAACAUUACCUAUGAAGAAUACAGAAUCCUAUCAAUCAUAAGAAAUAAGAAAGUAACCAAUAGUUCCACGCGUUGCAAAAAAUUAACAUAAAAUUUGAUGUACAAUACAGAAGAAUAAGAAAAUAAAUGGAUACCACGCUGCCUGAAUCGUAGAUAAUUACAUCAUUAACUUGCAGUAAAUUACAUCACAAACACAUUCAUGUAAAUAGAAAUAAGUGAGGCUGGUUAGCACUUCCCUUUGAUAAGGGUGUUAAACACACCAAAACGUUUGGAAGUUGGAUUUUUUGAG